AUGAUUUCUACAAGGUUCUCGGCAGUUAAUUUGCCAUACAGGACAAUAGGGCCUUAUAUUACAACACGCUCAGCAAGCCUGUCCGCCAUCCAUCGCGGCCUACGACGGUCCGAACGAGCUCAACAUGGCGCACCACGACCACGCAGUCCUCCCAGUAGAUUGACGGACCGCGCCCUAGGCGGUGCCUCUUCCGAUAGGCAGCGAUCCAAACUUCGAAAGAAGCUGUCAAAAAAGGAAGAGGAGGAAGCCGACGAGGAGUCUGGUCGUCAAACCCGUCGAAAGAGAUUCACAGACCCGUCGUCCGACUUUGGCAAAGGUAGCCUGGUCUACGAAUUGAAGCACGGCGCCUUCAAAGACAGGCUAGAAACUUUCCAGAGAGAUAAGCGAGCAGAGCUCAAAUCAUACCAAGUAGACAGGCGAUCAAGCAGCAACUUUGGAUCACGAAGAAUGCAGGACUCGCGCGACAAUGGCCAGGAUAGCCACCGAGACGGCGGUGGCUGGGCAUCAAACUUUGCUUCUCGGAGAGAACGACCAGAAUAUACAGACAAAUCACCGACAAAGCGAUACCAGUCUUCUUCGACACCCCGAGAUGCCCCUAGACAACGAGACGACAUGACGUCGACUAUGCGCCAUGCUCGCCGCACCGAGAGUGCACCACCAACGACCACCAUCAAAUACUCCACAGCCGCUUCACAAUUUCUCUACGGAAAAGCUGUAGUCAAGUCUGCUCUUGAGCAGGAACGCCGCAAACUCUACCGUCUAUACGUACAAACUGGCGAGAACCGCAGCGACGACCAAACGCUCACACGACUAGCCGAGCGCAAAGGUGUCGCCAUCCAGAGGGUGCCUAGCAGCGAGCAGCACGUCAUGGACAAGAUCAGCAUGGGCCGCCCUCACAACGGCUACAUUCUUGAAGCCUCGCCUCUACCACAGCCCCCCGUUACUGGUCUAGGUGCUAUCGAGCAGUCACCAGGCCGCAACGGCUUCCACAUCUUCCUUGGCCACCAGACCAAGGAAGAGCUCGACGUGAACGGUAGCGACACCUUUGUACGACGUUCCAGUGGCAAAUUCACAUCAAAGCCAUUUGUACUUCUACUGCAUGAGAUCAUGGACCCUGGUAACCUGGGUGGCAUCCUGCGCACGGCAAGCUAUCUGGGUGUGGACGCAGUAGGCAUCACCAGCCGCAGCUCGUCAUCGCUGACACCAGUGGUGCUCAAGUCUGCAGCAGGUGCUGUGGAGGAGAUACCCAUCUUCAGGGUCGACUCGCCCCUUGCGUUUCUCGAGGCUUCCAAGCAGGCUGGUUGGCGUACGUAUGGUGCCGUGGCGCCGCCAGAAAGAAAGCUUGCGGAGCGCCACGACGGCAAGUUUGUAUCUCUGAAUGACGUGGAAGCAUCGCAACCGUUGCGAGACGCGCCGUGCAUUCUUGUUAUGGGUAACGAGGGGCAUGGCCUGCCGAAAGCUGUAAAGGUUGCGACAGACCUCGAGCUGUCAGUGCCCCGAUUUGUCACUAGCAGCUGUGUGGAUAGUUUGAAUGUGAGUGUGGCAACCGGCGUUUUAUGUCAUGCCUUUGUCCGUAGCGCCACAAGAGAUUCCAAAGCUCCUGUGCCGGAGGCUGCGGCCGAGGGAAGCAAUGAGAGUGCUCCCGAGGAGGGCGAGAAGAUGUUUUAA